UUUGUGAGUCAUUUGGAUUAAGUUGAAUCUCUUUUUUUAAAGAAUAUUCUUGUUAUUAGUUUUCUCUUUAAUUUUAAUAAUUGUUUUUCCUUUUUUUUAGUAAUAUUUAGAUUUUAUUUUAUUUUUAUAAUUUUAUCUUCUCUCUCUCUCAUCUAAUUGUGAAUGAUCAACAGUCAUUGGUGAUUAUCUUUUUCCAUUCAUUUUGGAAAAAGUUGGACUUACAUUUCCAAUUUCCAAUUUUCUCUUUUCUUCUAUUCUCAAUUCUUGGAACCAUAAGUUUGGCCUGACUUUCUUUUCUUUUUUUUGCCUUCUUUUGUUUUUUCCUUUAUCCUCUCUCUCUCUCUCUCUCUCUCUCUCACCAUCAAGUAUCAUGUCUUCAAUUUUGGAAAGGAAAGACUCAAGUGAUGACGAACCAAUCUUGGAAGGUUUUCAUAUUGAGUGUUUUGUUUCCAUUCGUAAAUUGACCGAUGAGGAUAUUAAAAAGUACACCAAUGAUGAAUCUUCCCAGGUGAAUGGUUUGAAUACAGUUGCUACUGAUCAUAAUUAUUCAGCCUCAUCUUCACCUGUAGAAUGUGAUUCAGAUGCGACAACAGUUGAAGAUGAUUCAACCAAUACGGGUGGAAACAAUCUUAGUAUUCAAUUAGGCCAUUAUGCUGAUGAUGAGGUUUACAGUUUUGAAAUAAAUCGAAAUACAAAAGAAAAGUACCAAACUGAUAAAUGUGCUAUUCCAGAGAAACUAAUCAUCAAAUAUGCUCAAAUGAAGAAACGAAGCUCAUCAACAUUACCAAUUUUCUGCCUUUUCUGCUUAAAAGAAUAUACUAACGUUACUUUGGCCUUAUAUUGUCAUUAUAGACAAACAAAACAUUUCCCUUACCGGUGUGUUGAAUGUGAAGAGGUAACUCUAAACACUAAAGAUAUGCUUUUACAUUAUUUGAAAAGUCAUCCAACUCUUACAAGUGUCCGUUAUCGUCGUACUUUUGCCCCUAACAAGGAAAGAUGGAUCCAUAAGUUUAUCAUUUAUCAAUUAAAGUGUGUAACCAAUCAAGCUGAAAUGAUGCCCAAUGCAAUUCUUCACAAAUAUUGUCCAGUUUGUAAUCAAUAUGAUUACAAAAUUAGUGAGAAAAAUACAAAAAACAAACCUCAACAUAAAUUGUACUCGGUUUUAGACAAAAACCACAUCCAUAAACAUUUAAAGUAUAACCCUUUCCAAUGUAAACUUUGCCUUGAACAAGGUACUCGAUUUGAUCUGUCCAUUGUUAAUCGUAAAGCAAGACAACACCUGAUGAAUAAGCACAAUUUAACCGAACCCAGUGAGAAUGAUUUAAAAGAUCACUUUCCAGCUUCCGGAAUGAUUCCAGAACUUGAAAGAUAUAUCAACAGUUACGUUAAAUAUAUUCAAGAAUCUUUUGAUUCCAGAAAGGAAGGCGAUAUUUCACCAAUUCCCUCAGCCGCUACUACAAAAAGUUCAACGACAAAACGUCAACUAACCUCAACUCCAUCUCCAUCAUCUUCUGCUCCUGUUAUUAAACAAUCAUCUCCUUUAUCAAUUAACUCUCCCACCGGUAAAAGAGGUAAAACCUCAAAGUCAUUAGUGAAAACAACUCCAAAAUCGACUGGUAAAAAAAAGAAAUUAUCUGAAUCUUAUACAAUAGACGAUAUGUAUUAUCCUGAUCCAAAAUAUUCUCGAAAAGAUUCCAAAGGAUUUCGUAAAAAUAACAAUAGUAAACCUUUUUCUUAUGGCUCACGAAAAAACGAUGAUUUCAAUAAUUCUGUGAUUGAUUUAGAUUCCUACUUUGAAGAGGUUGUAUCAACACCUUAUUCAAAACAAGAACAGACUCCAAAGAUAAUUUGUUUCUUUUGUAAUAAUAUGCAAAGUAACAUGCUCGUUGCUUGGGAUCAUUACGCAAUCCAUUUGAAUUAUCGUCCAAUCACUUGCCAAUUGUGCCAAAAAUGUUUCCCAGGACCUAAAGCAUUUCAAUUACAUGGAGCUGAUCAUGUUGAACAUGAUUCUCUUCCCUAUAAAUGGAAUCAUGAUGAAGUUAUCGAAGCUUGGAUUAGUAGUUUUGUUAACUCUUUCACUACACAAGAUGAGAUUAUCGCCAAGCCUGAAUUUGCGUGUUGUUGUCCAAUUUGUUGUAAAAAGUUUCUCCACUCACAACAACAGCUCAAUUUGAAUACACAAAAGUUAAGCUAUGAAGAUAUUAGAAGACACAUUUAUGCUCAUCUGCGAUAUCAACCUUUCCAAUGUAAUAUUUGCCCUCCCGUUGAUAGUGUUUUCGUUUCAGACCUCGAAGUUGAUGGUGCCCGACAUUUAACCUUCCAUCAAAUUGUUUCACCAAAAGAAGCCGAAUUAUCAAAACAUUUUACAAAAUCUCGAGGAAUCGAUGCUCUUGACACUUUUCUUGUAGACCAUUUUACCAAAAUUCGUCGACUUUUUAACAUGCCUGAAACAACCUCUGGUGAUACAAAUUUAGUCCCUUGCGAUCCGGUUUGUGAUGUUGCCCUACUUUUCAGUUCAAUCCAAGAAACAUUAGGAAACAAUACUUUAAACAAUAUUCUCGACAAAGUAUCACUUAAUGUAGACCAACAACCAACCGCUUCGAAUCACGUCUCAUCAUCAACAUCUGAAACAACCCUUCCCAUUGAAAAUCCAUGUACACCAUCAUCAACAACUUCCGAUUCCGUUGAUUUCACAACAUCUUAAACCUUAUAAAUAUCAACACCUCCUUCCCACCACAAACCACAAUGAUUUCAUUACCAAUUAUCAACAUUUCCACCAACAAACAAAAAACAACGGCCCAAAUAACCUAACAAACUUUUACCCUUUACCCUUAACCCUUUUCUUACCUUCAAACUCACAAACAAGAAGACCCAAGGAACGAGAGACUAACAAUAACAAAAAAGAAGCGCCAACUCGAACCAAAACUUUUGUAAGAAACAAAAAAAAAUCACAAAUGUAAAACAAAUUGAUGAACAAAACAAACAAUGUAAACAAAAAAAACCCCUCAGGGUAAACAGUUAACAAACCAAGUUACCUGUUUACUUUUUCAAAAUGUUGCGCCAGACGCUAAAUAAAUUUUGGCCUCCGCCUUGUUA